CUACUCUAAACAACCACAAUGGCCGAAGAAAGGUGCAGCGCACGAUUACGAAAAUAUCUUUUGGAACAAGCCAAAGUGCAUGCUGUCGCUAGAGACUGGGAGAGUGCAUUUUCUCAUUAUCUCCUAGCAAUCAAGGUAGACUGCACAACCGCACUGGAAAUAGAAGCUGCGUUUGCUUUUUGUUUUGAGCAGUGGUUGGCUCAUCUCCGAAGCGUGAAGCAAGAGGACGAGAUAUGCAAUGCGUUUAUUAAAGCAAAAACCGUCUGUUUCUUUUCAGACUCACUAAUGAGCUUACUGGCCUACCAAGCUAUGAGGCUAGGCCAGCAAAAGCUUGCCAUUGAUUUAUUGCAAGAAGCAAUGUCAUCAUUUCCAAGCAGCUUGAAGGUUGCUGAAGCCUGGGAACAUGCGUCGUAUGACGCUGUAGAACGCUGGCACUUCCGAAUGCUUAAUGAUGGUUCACGUAACCAAAAUUACCAUGAUGCCAUUUUGCAGACGGUCAAAGAGCACAAUAUCAAGACUGUCCUUGACAUUGGCUGUGGCACAGGACUUCUUAGUCUUUAUGCUCUUGAAGCUGGAGCAGCUACUGUAGCUAUGUGUGAUGCAGCCCAUGUGAUGUCAGGAAUAUGCACAGCUGUCAUUUCAGAAAACUGCAAACCUGCAACCUCCAGUCACUGCUUGCUGUUUACCAAACAUUCAACAAGUCUUUCUGUCCCUGAUGACUUGCCAACAUGUCAGGAUCUACUGGUCACAGAAAUUUUUGAUGUAGCGUUAUUUGGUGAGCAAUGUCUACCAACCCUUCUUCAUGCCUGGUCACACCUUCUGUACAACAGCCCAGACAAGAAAAGCCAGAUCAUACCACAGGGUGCCAAGAUGUUUGUGCGCUAUUCAGUGUGAAGAGAUCAGGAGAGAGAACUUUGUUAAUUUACAGAAUGUGCCUCUUCUGAACUUGGCAACGCUAAACAUAUUGGGAAAGACAGCUUUGGUUGAAGGUGAUCCCUACACCUCGGAGAACUUGUUCUUUAUCAGAAACAGUUACAGGUUAUUGUCUCCUAUCCAGCAUCUGUUGUGGAUUGACUUCUCUAAUCCCGACGCAUUGGAAGCUCUCACACAUCAUAGUCAUCAGCUGGCUCUAGAUGUCUGUACAGAUGGGUGUGUGGAUGCACUAGCUGUAUGGUUUGAUUUACAUCUGACUGAAGGCUUGACAGUUAGCACACAGCCAAAUGCCAGAGGCUGCUGGGAACAGGCCAUUUUUCCUGUCAUGAUGAAAACUGCAAGUCCCAGUGGCACUUACUACACUCCAGCAGUGGUGAAGACAGGGGAUCAAUUGCAAGUCGAGUGCAAAGUUCGUAACAACUGUCUGCACAUGGAGCUGCUAAAAGUUAAUUGUUCUGGUUUGUCUGUGAAGCCUUCACAAGCUGACUUUUCUAAUCCGAUGCACAACCACAUUCAGCAUCAGUGGAGAGACUGUCAGAAGCAUAGCUCUACAGACAACCCCAAAAAUUUCACUCUCUUGGGGGAUCAUCAUCUGACUGUCAGUAAGACACUGGGUGAAAAAGAGAACUCUGUGUGUGCCAGUUCAUGCAGCAGAGGAGGAAUCUCAAAUAAAACAUGCUGUUGUGAGACUAGAUGUGCAGAGACAGGCCUUUAUGAGAUGUGUUACUGUGAUACAAACCAUCAUGAGACUAAGAGAUGUUACAACAUAAACUCUGGGCAUCAUCAAGCAGGCAGGCAUGUAGCCAGCAUUGGUCCAGAGAAUAAUCUUGGUCCAUCAUCUGAAGGGACAGAAAACAUUUUGACUUGCAGAGACAGCUGUUUUUUGCACACUUCUGAAGACAGUCCAGAUAACAUAAUGAGCAGUACAACAGUAAAUGUGGAGAGCAGUAUAACAGACAGUGAACAACACAUUGUAUGCAAGGUGAAUGGGGAGGGCAGUACAACAGACAACAAACACAACAUGGUUUAUAAGGUCAGAACUUCUACAUAUGGUUCUCUUGAUGAAAAAAGAGAGGCUGCUCAGGAGCAGACCUGUAACCACUUGAGGACUAGUCAGCAUGGUGGAUAUACAGGUGAUAGGAUGCCUGUCCAUCAAGACACUUUCUUUAUAGAGCGAGAAGUCAUUCGUCAAUUCAACAAUCUUAAGUGUAACACUCUGUUUCAAACUGCUCUUCACUAUGCCAGGGCUAAAAUCCACAGCCAAGGAAGGGUUUUGAACCUUUCAGCUGGCUUUCCACUUGCUGGAUUGCUUGCAUUGAAGCAGGGGUUUCAGCAUGCCUGUCUCCAUGUUCACCCUGACCUGGAUGGCACCAUGAGACAUGAUUUGCAAAUGCUGGCUUGCUGCAUUGCACAACAUAGCAACAUUUCAGGGGAAGAGUGGAGCUGGUGGGAGCAUGGUGACCCGGUCACUGGGGAUGAGACUGUGGAUGUGAUUGUGGCAGACCUUGUGGAUGUGAAUGGAUCGCUGGACUGCAGGCUUGUUGAAGAGCUGUUCACAUUCAGCUGCAUCUUGAAUCGGGAAGGGCUAGUUAUUCCUCAGAAGGCUGACAUUUUUGCUGUUCUUAUCGACUCUUCACACCUACAGUCCAUGAGCUUUGCCUCAGACAGCAACACCCUUGGCUAUUCCAUUUCCACCCACAUCAAUGCAUUUAAGACUCACACUUUCCUGGAGCUUGACAUCCACACUCUUCCACACGAAGAGCUGACAGAUGUUUGUCACAUCUUCCACCUUAAUCUUCAGUCUGCCAUCUUGGCACAAGACUCGUCCUCCAUGAGUGCUCACAAGCUUGAGGUGGAGUUCAGCCAGAGCCGGCAGCUGCCCAUUAGAGUUCGCAAGACAGGUCAAGCGACAGCCAUAGUUUUCUGGUUUAACUUGACCUUGGCACCUGGAGUUCACCUGUGCACACUGGAUACAGAAACUCACUGGAAGCAGGCAGCGUUUGUUCUUGAUGCCAGGCAGGUGACAGAGGGAGAUGAGAUGAUUCUAGAAGCCCGGCUAAGCAAGAGCUUCCUACACUUCCAGCUUCUGUAGUCUGCAUAUGGUGAGAGGUGCUGUGAGAAACGAGGGUGCAGCCUUCAUAUCCUGUUGAGUACUUCCGGAAGCUUGUGUAGAAUAUAGCAUACAGUUACUUCAGGCGCAUCCCCACACACACACACAUUCAUGUUGACAGAACAAAUUGAUGUUCCUUUCUCUGCCUUUGUUUUGCUACAACAGGUAACAAGUAAACAAUACAACAGUUCCAUUUUUUUCCUCGUGAGACAUACUGUUUUUGAUUUGUACUAAUAAUCCAAAAGGUAAAAAUCUAAGCCUAUUUACAACAAUGCCAUGGUAAGGUUAGAUUAUCACAAAAAAGCUCACAAAUCAAACAUUAAUCCAGUGUAGGCUCUCCACUCAAGUAGCAAGAACACCUCCAAAAAAAUGUAUGGAAUAUUUAGAUGAAUCAAAGUACUAUUUUCUUAAAACAUUUUACUUUGCCAAAGUAUCAUUCAUUACUACAGUCAUAGGCUUUCAGAUACAAACAUAACCCUUUCAAGGAGAUAACGAGAAUUCAAACAUCCUAUGUUGUUGAUGAAAUGUUAUGCAUGCAUUUCUAUGCAGUAUCUGGUACUCUUUUAAUAUUGCUAUAUCUGUAUAAUAAAAAAAAAAA